GUCAGGGGUCGCUCGGACACGCCUCCUGUACAAACGUCACCUCCAAACAUGGCAGCUUACUUGAGCCGGUUACACCACAUUUCGCUCCACGUUUCUAACGCGGAGAAAAUAGCAAACGACCUUGUCUCUAAAUUCAAAUUUAAUUUGUUUGCUACCAGACUAACCGACAGGUCGAGGCAGCUGGCUCUCAGAAAAGGAGCGGCAGUUUUCGUCGUGAAUGAGAGACCAAACGAGAGCAAAGCGAGGCUGAGCGAAGAGCUUCUGGGCAUCUCGGACAGAUAUUCACCUGAUCCACAACGGCUCAGCGUGGGAGGAUACAACCAGGAUCAGUCUACGAAAUGUCUUUACGAUAUCAGCCCACCUUUCUCGGUGGACACUGUAAGCAACGUGUGUUUCGAGGUGGAGGAUGUGGAAAGGUCAUUCAAGGCUCUUCGCAAUCAGGGCUGCAAUUUUCUGGUGCCUCCCACCACAGUUCAGGACGAGAACGGUCGUGUCACUUACUCGGUAGUUAAAUCUAUUGUGGGAAAUGUGUGCCACACACUAAUCGAUAGAACAAAAUACGAGGGAAGCUUUUUGCCAGGGUUUGAUGCGAUUGAAAAGGACUGCAGCUUGGAAGAAGAAGAAGACUCAUCUUGCCCGGUCACACAUUUUGAUCACAUAACUUAUGCCUGUCCCAGGAAAACAACCCACCAGGUCAUGAGGUGGUAUGAGAAGCUCUUCGGUUUCCAGAGGUUUUUCAUUGAUAGAAAUGAAGAUGUGGACGAAGGUUUUGUCAUAAACCAGGAGGGAAUUGGAAUACGUCUUACAGCCAUGGAGUACUGGAAAUGCAGCAAAGUGGGCAUCGCUCUCCCCUUCGUGGACAAAAAAGAGCCUGACUGCAAAUUUGUCAUUGCAGAGUCACUACCUGAACAAGGCAGGAAUCAAGUUGACACCUUCUUGGAGAAGCACAGGGCCCCUGGGAUCCAGCACAUUGGGCUGUACACAAAAGAUAUUGUGUCGACUGCACAUGCGAUGGCUGAAGCGGGUGUCCAGUUUUUCUCCCCUCCUUUUGCCUACUACACCGAGGUGGGGAAACAGCAGGAGAUAGAGGAGGCAGGACACAGCCCCCAGAUGCUGGCUCAGCAUGGCAUUCUGCUGGACACAGACCUGCACCAGGAUCCCUCAUCGCAGACCACAUCCGCAGAAAACAGAAGAUACCUUCUCCAAGUGUUCACCAAGCCCAUCUUCGCCGAGGACACCUUCUUUCUCGAGCUGAUAGAGCGGAGGGGGGCGACAGGUUUUGGUGAAGGGAACAUCAAGGCGCUGUGGAGGUCGGUGCAGGCACACAUGGAGAACCAACGGGUGGAGUCUCGGGGAGAGGGAUCCCCAAAAACUGUGCGAACUGCUCAGUGUUAGUCACUCCAAACAUUUUUAUCUGAGGUUAUUUUAUUUCAUGUAAAUGCACUUAAGAGGGAAAAAUGUGUAAAAUGUAAAGAGGAUGUAAUAUAUUUAUGGAAGACUUUUCCACAAGUGCUCUCUUUUUCAGUAGUUGAAAUGUUGGUAAAUCUUGAGUUACAUGUUGCACUGUUAGCAAUGUACAAAUUAUAUAUUGUUAAUAUCUAGCUUUGGCUGAACAUUAAAGACUGAUGUCAACAAAGUGGGACAAAAACAUGUUAUUAAUACACUUGUUGUUACUAUAAAAAAUACACUCUCAGUCGCAGUAAAA